GAGAGAACGCUAUCUUCGACUUUGGUGUCCAUUCUGUAAGUUGGAAGCUCUCAUCUUCUUUGUAAGUUUUGGAAACAAUCCUUUCUAGGAAGGAGAAAGAGAGUAGCGAAAUGGCGGCUCAAAGUCCGUCCUCUUAGGGUUUAUGGAUUAUCUGUCUGGAGGAGGAUUGGCGACGACGAGGAUCUCUGAUCUAGCGAUGUCGCCUCCACAAAAUGGGACGAUGCUCUGCGCGCCGCUCGUCGCCGAGUCCGUGGAAGAAAUGCUGCAUCAGAUCAAGGCUGCGAAGGCAUCCGGGGCCGAUGUGGUGGAAUUGCGAGUGGAUUACAUCAACAGCUUCCAGCCGAGGGUGGAUUUGCCGCGAUUGAUCGAGGGCAGGGUCUUGCCGGUGAUUAUCACCUAUAGGCCGAAUUGGGAAGGAGGUUUGUACGAAGGCGAUGAGGCUGCGCGAGUGGCUGCAUUGAGCCUGGCAAUCGAGCUACAAGCCGAUUUCAUCGACGUCGAGCUCCAGGUGGCCGAGGAUUUCAUAGCCAGCCAAAGUUCCAAGCGGAGCUCGUCCAGCACCAGAAUUAUAGUCUCCAACCACAACUAUCACACCACUCCUUCCUCCGAGGAGAUUGGACGUCUUGUCGCAAGGAUGCAAGCCACUGGUGCCGAUAUAAUCAAGUUUGUCACUACUGCAAACAACGUGGUGGAUUCCGCGAAUGUGUUUCGGGUGCUGGCUCAUACGCAGCUUUCUUUGAAGGUCCCAACGAUUGCGCUCGUUAUGGGACAGAAGGGUCUCAUAAGCAGGUUGCUGUCACCAAAGUUUGGAGGCUUUUUGACAUUCGGUACGCUUUCUUCUGGCAAAGAAUCGGCUCCUGGCCAGCCAACGCUGACUGAUCUCGUUCGAACCUAUCGGCUGCGUGAGAUGGACUGUGAUACUCGUGUCUAUGGAAUCAUAGGCAACCCCGUUGGUCACAGCAAAGGUCCAUAUCUUCACAAUCCAGCUUUUGAAGCGAUCGGAUACAAUGCUGUUUAUCUUCCAUUUUUGGUGGACAACCUUGCUGAAUUUCUGUCGGUGUACUCCGCGCCAGAUUUCGGUGGCUUCAGUGUUACGAUCCCAUUCAAGGAAGAUGCUUUGAAAUGCUGUGAUGAGGUUGAAUCUUCCGCAAAGGCCAUUGGAGCAGUCAACACAAUCAUUAGAAGGGCAGAUGGCAAAUUUGUUGGCUACAACACAGACUGUGAAGCUGCCAUUUCUGCUAUAGAAGACGGUGUUCGAGAAAGUGGAUACCACGGUAGCCAGCCGCUUUCUGGCAAGCUUUGCGUAGUUAUCGGAGCCGGGGGUGCUGGGAAGGCUCUUGCUUUUGGAGCGAAGCACAGAGGGGCCAGAGUUGUGAUUGCGAAUCGGAAUUUUGAGAGGGCAAAGGUGCUUGCUGAAUCAGUUGGAGCAGAAGCCAUUUCAUUGGAAACGUUGAGCAGUUUUCAGCCGGAAAAUGGCAUGAUACUAGCGAAUUCGACCUCGGUUGGUAUGCAGCCAAACGUUCAAGACACUCCGAUACCAAAGGCCGCUCUCAAAGGAUAUAGUGUGGUUUUUGAUGCGGUUUACACGCCUCUUGAGACCAGGCUGCUGCGAGAAGCUAAAGAAUCCGGUGCAGUCGUCGUAAGCGGCUUGGAAAUGUUUAUACGACAAGCAAUUGGGCAGUUUGAACUUUUUACCGGCCAGCCAGCUCCAAAGUCAGUGAUGAGAGAGAUUGUCGCCAAGAUGGCACCUUAAAUCGAGAAAGGUUUUUUGGUAUAAUUUGAUGAGA